AGAGGUAUAUAGCGGCCGUGCCCGGCGCCACCGAGCCGUGGCGGCAAGAUGGCCGUCUCCGGCACGCAAGGCCCGCAGGCGCCUAAGCUACCGGAGCUGCUGGAGCGGGACCCCUACCUGGCCCCCUUCGAGCAGGACUUCCAACGCAGGUAUGCUCUGUUCUACAAACGUUUGAAGGGCAUUGAUGACAAUGAAGGAGGUCUUAAUAAAUUUUCAAAAAGUUACAAAUCUUUUGGAGUUAACCAAUUUGUGGAUGGUGGUGUAUAUUGCAAAGAGUGGGCACCAGGUGCAGAAGCAGUGUUUCUCACAGGUGAUUUCAAUGGCUGGAAUCCAUUUUCUCAUCCAUAUAAGAAAAUGGAUUAUGGGAAAUGGGAGUUGUUCAUUCCACCUGGACAAGAUGGUUUUUCUCCUGUGCCCCAUGGAUCAAAGCUAAAGGUGGUGAUUCGUGCUCAAAAUGGCGAACUCCUCUAUCGUAUUUCACCGUGGGCAAGAUACGUAGUCCGUUAUGAAGGAAAAGUGAAUUACGAUUGGGUACACUGGCAUCCACCACAGUCAUAUAUACGUAAGCAUCGUUCUCCCAAGAAAUCGAAAAGCCUGAGAAUCUAUGAAUCUCAUGUGGGAAUUGCUUCCCCAGAAGGGAAAAUAGCUUCUUAUAAAAACUUCACAUUUAACGUACUGCCCAGAAUAAGGGAUCUUGGUUAUAACUGUAUUCAGCUGAUGGCUAUUAUGGAACAUGCAUAUUACGCCAGCUUUGGUUAUCAGGUCACGAGCUUUUUUGCAGCAUCAAGCCGUUACGGAACUCCAGAUGAUCUGAGAGAAUUGAUUGACGUUGCUCAUUCGAUGGGUAUUACUGUUCUGCUGGAUGUUGUGCACAGCCACGCGUCAAAAAACUCAGAAGAUGGUCUCAACAAAUUCGAUGGUACAGAUUCUUGUUUCUUCCACUCUGGUCCUAGAGGAACUCAUCAAGUCUGGGACAGCAGGCUCUUUGAUUACGCAAACUGGGAAGUUUUGAGAUUCCUUUUGUCUAAUCUGAGAAUGUGGAUUGAAGAUUAUGGUUUCGAUGGCUUCCGAUUUGAUGGUGUUACGUCUAUGCUGUUUCACAGUCAUGGGAUUGGCAAAGAAUUCAGUGGGGAUUACAAUGAAUAUUUUGGCCUAGAUGUGGAUGAAGAUGCUUUGUGUUAUCUGAUGCUGGCCAACCACAUGAUUAACUUCUUGCACCCGGAAUGCAUAACAAUAGCAGAGGAUGUUUCUGGAAUGCCAGCUCUUUGCCGUCCUGUUGCAGAGGGAGGAGGAGGAUUUGAUUAUCGACUAGCCAUGGCUAUUCCAGAUAAGUGGAUAAAGAUAAUUAAGGAGUUGAAAGAUGAAGACUGGAAUAUGGGUAAUAUUGUGUAUACAUUAACAAACAGACGAUGUGAUGAGAAAUAUAUUGCAUAUGCAGAGAGUCAUGACCAGGCACUUGUUGGUGAUAAGACAUUGGCGUUUCGAUUGAUGGAUGCAGAGAUGUACACAAACAUGAGUGUGUUCACACCUCUAACUCCAGUUAUUGAUCGUGGAAUUCAGCUUCAUAAACUGAUUCGCCUCAUUACUCACACACUUGGAGGAGAUGGCUAUCUGAACUUCAUGGGUAAUGAAUUUGGGCAUCCAGAAUGGCUUGACUUCCCCAGAAAAGGGAAUAAUGAGAGCUUUCACUAUGCCAGAAGACAGUUCAAUCUUACUGAUGAUCAUCUUCUUCGCUAUAAAUUCCUAAAUCAGUUUGACAGAGAUAUGAAUAAAUUGGAAGAAAAAUUUGGCUGGCUUGCAUCUCCUCCGGCUUUUGUGACUGAAAAGCAUGAAUCCAACAAGGUCAUUGCAUUUGAGAGAGCUGAUCUCCUUUUUAUUUUCAAUUUCCAUCCGCAUGAAAGUUAUGUGGACUACAGAGUGGGUGUUGAAGUUCCAGGAAAGUAUAAAAUCGUUAUGGAUUCCGAUGCUGCAGAAUAUGGAGGGCAUCAAAGGUUGGACCACAAUACAGAGUACUUCUCUGAAGAAUAUCCUCACAAUUAUCGACCUAAUUCAGUUAUGCAGUCCAAUUCACAGACCAGCUUCAGCCAACACUCCAGAAGAUGCCACAAGCGCCUCAUAAAGGUGUACAUUCCAAGCAGAGUGGCUAUUGUGCUUCAGAAUAUGGAUGUCCCACGUUGAAGAUCUCUGUACCUAUCACUGAAGAAGCAAGUGAUAGAAGUGCUGAUACACUGUACUACUAAGUGUAACAAAACUAGUUCUAUUGAAUCUUUCUGAAGCUGAAUCUAGUAAUAUUAACGUUUUUAAAAUGCAAGAUUAAUAUCCACAUGCAAAUGCAGAGGUUUGUGCUUGUUAGAACCUAUUUUGAAGAAAUGUUAAGGAAGAGAAAGAAGAAUGUUAUCAUUUUGGUAAUAAAAAUUUCCACUAACAAUACUUCAAAACAGCAGGUCUUCUCAAUAAAAUGUUGUUUACAGGAUUUUAUGAGGAAUAACAUUCUUACCAAAAGUGAUCCUGCUCCAAUGUUUGUAAUUUCUUGAAAUCUUCUUUUUCAAAAAGUGAAUUAAAAUGCUCAUUAUAUGUAAGUGCUGCUUAUUAAUAGUUUUGGUUUGCUUAAAUGAAACAAAGGUUUUUGGCUGAAAGGCAGCCUUAAGGAUUCAUGGGACUUAAUUGGAUGCUCCUCUUCUGCAAUGAGUUCUAACACGCAAUUUAAGACAUUUGCCCAAAUUAAUGAGAAGAUCCUUAAGAGUGUUGUACUCCUCCAUUUUUUAAUUUGAUUUAAAUUGCUAAGAAGUGCUUAAGAACCAAGUGGGCAGACAACUCACUGCCGAUGUGCUGAUGGCACUGGGUUGCUUGCUUGUUCUCCAUCAAAUCACUUAGUCUGUGCACUUCACACUUACUGCAGCUGAAAAAAAAAAAAAAGAUACUUAACUGUUUUAUUUACACUGCUAAGGUCUUCACUAAGAAGAAUGUUACACUGGAGAAUGUUCUAAAUACACGAUUCAUCUUAAUGCUUUAAUUUCAGUGAUGUUAGGACGUUGUUAUACUGAUUUCACCAUUUCCAGAAGCUGCCUUUCAGCUUGGAAUAUGAGCUUCUUGCACUUUCGUAACUUCUAAAAUGUUUAUGUUUUGACAGAAAGCUGUCUCAAAAUACAGUAAUCAAGGUUUUUUUGUUUUUUGUUUGUUUGUUUUCAAUAAAAUCUAGAUAGUUAAUUAUUGGAAUGCUGCUAAGAUUAUUCAAGAGAAUUCUUUAAUAAGUAGAACUUUUCUUUUUGUAAGGAUUAAGAUUCUUUAUAUUUGAAAAUGUAUUGAGGAAUACUAUGAAAAAUUAAUACCAAAGUAAUGAAAUGGACUUUAUUUUGUUCCACUUGUUCAUAUUAGAAUGGGGUAUGAAGUGAAUGUCUCUUAUACAAGUCUGAAUUUUGUGACUUUAAAUUGGCCAAAAAGGAAGAUGCCUGUAACCAUUUCAAAAAGUUCUUUUUUCUUUGUUUCUUGUUUUUUACCCAGCUUCCUACAUAAACCAUUGUGUAAAUUACUGAAAAAUUGUGCCAGCACUGAAAGUCUUUCACCGUUCUUGAAAUGCUUACUUGCAUUUCUAUAUAGCUUACUUCUUAAGCUAAAUAAAGUACAUGAUGGAAUUUUGCAGCAUGAUAGAAAAGAGUCUUUUAGUAGUGUUUACAACAAAGGGAUUUUAUGAACAUCCCUAGUCUGCUAUAUUCGUUGUGACAGAGAAUUCUGUAUUGUGGUGGAGUACUACAAUAUUGUCUACUAUCAUGCUUCAUUUUCUGCUAUACCAGUUUGAUCACUGCUUGGUAGUGAGCUAAUAAAAGCAUUUCUAUACUGAAACUUUGAAAUAAAGUCUUUAAAAGAGAAUACAUUGAACUAUUUUAGCAACUGGAACUGAUUAUCUUUUUUUUUUUUUUUUUCCAAAUUGUUUUCCUUGUAUUGAAAUAAUAAGGAACUUCUAAUAUGUAUGCUAUACUUACAUUAUUUUAUUUAGUAGGUGUUCAGUAGGUGGGGUGUUGCUUUAUUGUUUUUAUUGACACCAGUUCCAGGUUUCCAAAAGUAAUGGAAGGCAAGUCCCCUUGUCAAAACUUUUUUCAAGAGAAGGAAUAAAUGUGUGACAUGAAGGAAAAAACUGUAAAAUUAUAUGCAAAUAAACUGAGGAGAAUAAAACAAAUGCAUAUA